GAGACUGUAGGUGUAGUGGUGUAGUAGUCCGGCUGAUGGGGGUUGGUUGAUAAAAUACGUAGCCAGCAGCGGGCCGCCCGUGGUCUGAUCAUGUUGUACGUCGGGUGGAGUUUGGCUCCAGUCCGCAAGACAAAGACACAAGUGAUAGAGCUGAGAGAGCUGAGGGAGCCUACUGUACCGGUGCUGGACUCAACGUGACUUCAGGUUGGUCGUGUCACACAGAGCUGCAGACACCCGGAUCUACCCCCGGACAAGGGAACCACCUGCUGUGCCCACUUUGUUUUUGUUUCAUUGUUUACAUCUCUGUCAUCAGCGGGGAGGCUUUGCUCCAAAAAAAAAAGCAAAGGACAUCUGCAGCAAGGACUUGCUAUUAUAUCAUCACAUCUGCUCUGAAGACUCAACCUCACUUUCCUGCAACAGGAUUCAGAAUGAAGUCUGAAACCAAUUGGUGAAAAUAAUGAAAUUCAUUGACAUUGCCCAAUUGGGCAACACCAAGAUGGUCACUUGUACUCUUGUUGGUUCUCUGUUGUGUGUGAGUAGAAGUGUAAACCCAUAGUGAUCUUGAUGAGGGCCUCUUUCUGACAAAAGACAAGGGCCGUUUGGGGCCAGGAGGUGGAGGAGCUGUGGGUCCUCUGCUGUCUGAUUCAAACUAUUCAAUACAUUUCGUAGCCCUCCUGACUUCAAGAUGGUGCUCUUUUUUAACCCCUUCAACAACCUGGUGUGCAUCCUGCUCGGCAUCUCCUUCACCGUGUGGUUCACUUUGCUGCUGGUGUUCAUCAUCGUGCCUGCCAUCUUUGGGGUGUCCUUUGGCAUCCGGCGACUUUACAUGAAAACCUUGUUAAAGCUCUUUGAGUGGGCCACUCUGCGGAUAGAGAGAGGAGCAAAGGAAAAGGAUUACCCCCUUUACAAACCAUACUCUAAUGCUCUCAUUGCCAAGGAGCCCACCUCUUUAGAGGAGGAGAUUAAGGAGAUCAGGCGGAGUGGCAGUAACAGAGACCUAGACUCAGCCUCCGAGUUUGAGAUGUCUGACAUCUUCUACUUUGCUCGGCGGGGAGUGGAGAGCAUCAUGGACGAUGAGGUAACCAAGAGGUUUUCAGCUGAGGAGCUUGAGUCCUGGAAUCUGCUGACUCGCAGCAACAACAACUUUCAGUACAUCAGCCUGAGACUGACCGUCCUAUGGGGACUGGGCCUGCUGAUCCGCUACGGCUUCCUGCUGCCUCUCAGGGUAACUCUUGCCUUCACUGGUGUAGGACUCCUUGUGUUCCUCACCUCUCUUGUUGGGCUGCUGCCAAACGGAAGGAUAAAAAACUUUCUGAGUGAGAAAGUCCAUCUGAUGUGCUACAGAAUAUGUGUCAGAGCUCUGACUGCCAUUAUAACCUACCAUGACAGUGAAAACAAACCUAAAAACGGAGGAAUCUGUGUCGCCAACCAUACCUCCCCCAUUGAUGUCAUCAUCUUGGCCAGUGAUGGCUGCUAUGCCAUGGUUGGACAAAUUCAUGGUGGCUUGAUGGGGGUCAUUCAGAGAUCUAUGGUCAAAGCCUGCCCCCAUGUGUGGUUUGAACGUUCAGAAGUCAAAGACAGACAUCUAGUGGCAAAAAGAUUGAGCGACCAUGUAGAGGAUAAAUCAAAACUGCCCAUUCUCAUUUUUCCUGAGGGUACCUGCAUUAACAACACAUCAGUUAUGAUGUUUAAGAAGGGAAGCUUUGACAUUGGUGCCACAGUUUACCCUGUGGCCAUUAAGUAUGAUCCCCGUUUUGGAGACGCCUUCUGGAACAGCAGCAAGUUCGGGAUGGUCAACUACCUGUUGCGCAUGAUGAGCAGCUGGGCCAUCGUCUGCAGCGUGUGGUACCUUCCUCCCAUGUCUCGAGGGGAGGAUGAGGACGCUGUUCAGUUUGCAAACCGUGUAAAGGCAGCAAUAGCUAGGCAAGGUGGACUGGUUGACCUCCUUUGGGACGGAGGCUUGAAACGAGGAAAGGUAAAGGAUACCUUUAAAGAGGAGCAGCAGAAGCUGUACAGUAAAAUGCUCGUGGGCACCCAAGAGGAUCGCAGUCGCUCCUGAAGGACUUCUUCGUAAAGGUGGACUGUCUCAGUGACACACCCCAGACAACUCUGACUACAUGAGCAGUCAGCAGGCUCGUGUCUCUACUGGAGUUCCCUGACUGGAAAAAAAUCCCUCUUGAAGUCAACAGCACUCCAUUAAGCUUCCUUGGUCACUGCCUCAGCUCAGCAUGUUCAGUUUGUGUCGCUGUUACGGGUCAUUCUGAGUCUGCUGCCCUUUGUUGGAAAAGCUUGACUGAGCCUUGCUUCCAUUACAAUGAAAGCAAGGUACGCACGGAAAAAGGAGCAAUGUCUUCCGUGGUGGCAGUUCUUUUUUUCUCUUGAGGGAAAUCUUGUGUUAUUGUCCGUCAUUGAGUUCUCUGUUUGAUUGUCUAAACUUUUAACUUUUUAAUUUUACGUUCAUGUUUGUAUCACACUGCGUUAAGGUUACAGAUCUGAUCAUAACUGGGAGAGUUAUUGUAGAUAAAAACUAGUUUGUUAUCCAGCUAAAACCUGUAACUGAGUUGAGGUUUUGCAUGACUGGCUUGUGCCCAUAAUUUUGUGCACAUUACCAGAUUUUGUUACAUUUCAGAUAUUUUUAUGGGCUUUUUCCAAGAGAUGAUAAACUUUUAUUUUAUGCUUUGUGUUUUACAAAAAGUCUUGUAUCAAACCAUGCGGUCACUAUCGUUGUUAUGGUGCUGAUGAGCUCAGACAUGUUGUCAGUUUCUUGUGUUUUCCACGGAAUGUGAGAAUCCUCACAUUAUGAAGUGGUGAUUGUGCAGCUGCAGGUACUCUGAUGGAUUGAGGCCGAUGUUCCUGUUUGAGCUAACAAUGCAGUCCAAUCACUAAUUUUAUUUGGGAUACUUUUAGCACUGUCCCUUUUAAUGCCCAUGGAACAGAGUGAUGUAGGGUUAUUACCAUGACAGUCUGUCUCCUGCCUAAAACAUAGAUAUCACAUAUAGCUGAUAAAUACUAAUACACUCCAGAAAGGCAUUAUGUUUUCACAGGCUUGUGUAGUAACCAUCUUGGCUAAUUUGUUUUAAGUAAACUGUAAAACCGUUGGUCUUUAUUUCCACUUUCAUCAACAAUCUUCAAAGAGGGACAGUGUGCAUCUUUAGUGUGUACUGUAGGCUGCAGCUGAGGGACAUGGUGGAAGGCCUCAGAGAGCAGGAACCCGAGGCACUCGUCCCUCUAGUUUGCUUUUAUCAGGGAUAGUCUUUUUGACCGUGUCAAAUCUGUUCAUCAGAAUAAAUGUUCAAGAAAGUGACUCAA